AUGGGUCCUUCAGGGCCGACCACGCUGGCCGUGAGAGAAGCCUCUCGGUCGAUAUCGAAACCGAAGCCAAAGAUACGGAUAGUGCACAUAUUUGCACCGGAGGUCAUCAAGACCGAUGCGGCGAACUUCAGGGAGCUCGUUCAGAGGCUCACGGGGAAACCAACGAAGCGAGCUGGCCGGAAAAAGAGAGAGAGGCGCCAGAUCACCAGAGGAGAGCUGGAGGAGGAGAAGGAGAGGUCAGUUGUGUGGAGGGUUGAUGAUGAGAAUUUGGGUGGUGGUGAUAAUAAUAAUUAUUUGAGCGGGUUAGGGGACGCGGAUGGCUUCUUUCAAGGGUUUAAUGAUUACCCGGCAAUGCUUAACUUGAGUUCUUCAUCUCAUAUGGAUCAUAUGAUUGGAGGGGCGCGAGUUAUGUAA